UCCCCAGCCACCUGCUGGGAAGAGACGACCUUGAACGCCCUAGCCCAGAGAGAGCUCAAAGCUUUCGCUCGACAUUCUCCCAUCUUCCCGCUCCAUUCUCCGAUCUCCGUUCUCCGUUCUCCGCUCUUAGAAGAAAGCUUCCUCCGAAGAUUAAUGGCCCGAUAAGGGGCGUAAACACAAUUUGUUUCCAUCAGUUUGGAGAGCGAUCCCAAUCAGCUUGGAACGGAAUCUUCCACGGACGCGCAACAAAUAAACCGAAUUGAACCAUGUGGGGCGAUCUGAAGGGUAAGGUGAUCCUGGUGACCGGCGCCGGAGCCGGCAUUGGGCAGGCUCUGGUCAAGCAGCUGGCUUCCAUUGGGGCGACGGUGAUCGCGGUGGCCCGGAAGGAGGCCCAGCUGGCGGAGCUGGUCAGCUUCGACCCGCAGCACAUUAAGCCGCUGCUCCUGGAUCUCUCCUCCUGGCAGAAGGUGCGCGAAGCGGUGGCGAAAGGACCCCAGCUGGAUGGUCUGGUCAACAAUGCGGGCGUGGCCAUUAUUAAGCCUUUCGAGGAGCUCACCGAGGAGGAUUUUGAUACCCACUUUAAUGUCAACAUCAAGGCCGUCUUCAAUGUGACCCAGGCCCUGCUGCCCCGCCUCAAGGACGGCGCCUCCAUUGUGAACGUCUCCUCCAUCGCCUCCAGCCGCUCCUUUGGCGGCCACACCGCCUACAGCGCCACCAAGGCGGCCGUCGACUCGCUGACCAAGUCCCUGGCCCUGGAGCUGGGUCCGCGCAAGAUCCGCGUCAACUCCAUCAAUCCCACCGUGGUCCUGACCAAAAUGGGCGCCGACAACUGGUCGGACCCGAAGAAGUCCGGCCCCCUGCUGGCCCACAUCCCGCUGAAUCGGUUCUGCGAGGUGCAGGAGGUGGUCGAUGCCACCGGCUACCUGCUGAGCAGCAAGUCCACCUUCGUCAACGGCCACCACAUCCUCCUCGAGGGCGGCUACUCUGUGUCAUAGGAUCUUUCCUUUAAAAAAAAAACUCUUAAAUAAAAACACAAUUUUCUUUUUUAAAUUA